GAAGAACAAGAUACUCUUGUGUCGUCGGUCUGCAGUCGCUAGCUGGAUUUUUCUUUUGUUAAUUCGCUCGAAACACCGGACAAAAUUGGCGGCAGGGAAGGAAAAGACAUGAUAUUUACCUUAACGUUGUAAUUCCUCGGAUUGUCAGAUGGGUCUCAGCACUUCUACAUUGCAACUCUUCCGGAAAUUGGUCGUUAUCUCGCUAGUCAGCUUGUUCGCCUUGUUGCGUCUUAUUCAACCUUUUCUACGUAACGACUGUUCGAUCUGUAUACGGCCAAAAGCAAAGACAUAAUAUCUAUCAUGCCAUGCACAAUUUCUCUUCACGCCUCCUGAGGACACAAGCAGUUGAACAGAGUUCGGCCAUGGUCCGCCAGUUCCACCAUCGUGUUUGCUUGCGUGCUUGUAGUAUCGCCAGUACGAGCGAAGUAUACGCGUCUAGAACGAGCGGGAGAGAGCCAUGUCGACGUAAUUGCAGCAGCCAUCUUAUCAACAGCCCGGAGUUCCACCAACUUCGACCGUUGAUGGCCUGUUGGCCCGCCGAGGUAGGUAAGAUGGUAUUGCGAUCCGAGCUAACACGUGGAAAAGGAAUCCCAUCUUCUCAUUCAGGGUUGACCCUGUCCCCAUGGUCCAAUAUGGUUUCUUCGCUUUGUGCUUUUUCUCGGAGUCAGACGAACUUCAUUGCAUGGUGCUGUCAGUCAGCCGUGAUCGUUCUUGGUUGCUUUGCCAAGUCACUAACAGACAGAACCAUGCUUUUGAUGGAGAAGCUCGUGGGUUCGUGUCGUUCUCGGCUCUAGAAUACCGGGUCAAACGUGUACACUAUUGGUUUGUAGGCAUAGAG